AUGGCGAAGAAACUUCAAAUGUGCGGUACUGAGGAGGAGAUGAGAGAAGUGGCCGCCAAGAUCUGCAGGAACUAUUUGCAUGGUGCAUGGAAGAACGUCGACCCAAAUGAAAUGUAUUUCUCAAAAGUCAAUGGAGGGCUGUCCAACUUCCUGUACCUGGUUGGUUUACCUGAAGAUCCCCGUAAGGUGCCCAGCUACCAUAUCCGCGAGAGCAGCCCAGAGGACGAAGACAAAUGUGAGCUGAAGAGUCCGAGUUUCGUUUUAGAAGAGCCUCACAAGAACCUGAAUGUGUUAUUAUUUUAUUCUUUGAGCGUCGAGAAGCACAAAAAAUGUGUUAUUAGUCUUAUCUCAGGACUAGUGUCCGCCAUAAACGGGUUCCGGAGAUCAGGCUGCGCCGCAACCAUCCGUCGUCUCGUUGGAGGCUGGCCACUCAUACGGGAAAAGGUAUUACUCCGAAUCUACGGGCAAGUUCACGGUGAACGAGCAAUGGAUGCUAUCGUCACUGAAUCGGUGAUAUUCACAUUGCUAUCCGAAAGGAAACUGGGACCCAGACUGUACGGAGUAUUCUCUGGUGGCAGAAUUGAGGAGUACAUACCAGCUCGUCCCCUCCUCCCCAAAGAGCUAGCUGAUCCAGCUAUCUCAAUGAAGAUCGCUGAGAAGAUGGCUGCCAUCCACUCCCUGGAACUACCCCUAUCCAAAGAUCCGAACUGGAUCUGGAAGAACUGUUAUAAAUGGCUGAAGACAGUCAAGGAAGAUCAAGCAAGUGGAGGCCUCAAGGGCAAGAAUCCAGAAGAGGAGCGCAUUAUCAAAAUGAUGGGUGCUGUCGACUUUGACAAAGAACUCAAAUGGCUGAAGAAGUUCCUCGCCACGGUUGAUUCUCCAGUUGUGUUCUGUCACAACGAUAUGCAACAAGGUAACAUACUGAUCUUCGAUGACAUGGGGACAACGAACCAAUCAGACACCGGUGAAGGGGUGGAAGAUAAGGAUCUCUCCAGCUUCGAGGAUGCCAACACAUCAGAUAGCAUACUGAGCAGGAUGUCAGAUUCUGGAGAACCAAGAAUGGUGUUCAUAGAUUAUGAAUAUUGCGCAUACAACUACAGAGGCUUCGAUUUGGCCAACCAUUUCCAGGAGUGGGCUCUGGAUUAUUCCAAUCCAGUACACCCUUUCUAUCAUUUCAAUGAAGAUGAUUUUCCAACGUUGGAACAGAAGGAAAUUUUCAUCAAAGAGUAUCUAAAGCAUUACCACGCCAAUCUGUCAGACAAUAAGGAGCUCAACCCCCCCACAGUGGACCAGGUCAACCAGUUGCUGUACGAAGUGGAGGCGUACGCCCUCAGCAGCCACCUAUUAUGGACGCUGUGGUCUUGUGUCAAUGCUCCAAAGAGUCAAAUUCCAUUUGGAUAUUGGGAAUACGGUCAAACCAGACUAGACAUGUACUACAGGCUUAAACAGGAGGUAAUCAAGAAAGGGAAUGGCGUCGCACAAAAAAGAAAAAUUUGUGAAGUGGACAUAUGA